CUCGGGAAGUGACAUCAUGAGGACAUGAGAACCUGUUCGAGUCCAAAGCAAACUUCAUCCGUACAUGGUCCAUGACGUAGACCUUGUGCAACUAGAUAGGUAGUUAUCUUGUUGCACGCAAGUAGAGGACGCACCUUUCCGAAUAGCAACAUUUCACCUAGUUAGUGUCGACUUUAGAAUACUAGGUCACCAUGACAGCCCAACACGGAUUCCACCACCCCCAAUCCCGCCCCGACAUAGUCAAGCACGCGGACCCGGACCCCAUCGCCUACGAAGCACAGGUUUACCAGCGCGGCCUCAAAUACCAGCGUCCCCCUUUUACUUUCAAGCCCUUGGAAUGGGAGGCCCUGGCCGCGGAACGCAUGUCCGCCGACGCUCGGGGCUACGUGCUUGGCUGCGCGGGCACGGGCGAGACGGCGCGGCGGAACAGGGAGAGUUUCGGGAAAUGGGGGUUCGUGCCUAGACGCUUGGGUCUAGGGCUCAGGGGUAGUUCGGUUGGGGGAAACGAGAAAGGAGUGAAUGACGAAGAGAAUGGGAAUGGGAAAGGAGAAGGGGAAGGGGAAGGGAAAAGGGCUGAGGACGCAGGAAGGAAAGUAUUCCCGAAUCUUAGGGUCGAUGUCCUGGGCAGGAAUCUCCCGUGCCCGAUCGCGUGCGCGCCCGUCGGCGUCCAGAAGAUCAUGAACCCGGACGGCGAGGUGGCGGCGGCGAGGGCGGCGGCGCGCGAGGGCGUCCCGUUCAUCAUGAGCACGGCGAGCAGCACGAGCAUCGAGGACGUGGCGCGGGCUAGCGACGCCGGGGCCGAGGAGGCCGGGUACGGUAAGGGCGAGGCCGAGCGCUGGUUCCAGCUUUAUUGGCCGGCGAGGGAGCAUGACGAUGUUACGAUUUCGUUGCUCGGGAGGGCGAAGAAGGCCGGCUUUACGGUGCUGGUUGUUACCCUCGAUACGUAUAUCCUUGGUUGGAGGCCUAGUGAUAUGGAUAAUGGGUACAACCCCUUCCUCCGCUCCGACCAAAUCGGCAUCGCCAUCGGGCUCUCCGACCCGGUCUUCACGUCCAACUUCCAGCGCAAGCACAACAACCGGUCCGCGGACCAGGACCUCGGCGCCGCCGCGGCGGAGUGGACGCGCACCAUCUUCCCGGGAGCCGAGCACACGCUCGCCGACAUCGCCUUCCUGCGCGCGCACUGGGGCGACGACGCGCCGAUCGUGCUCAAGGGCGUCCAGAGCGCGGACGACGCGCGGCUGAUCGCGCAGUCGGGUCUUGUGGAUGGCAUCGUCGUUAGUAACCACGGGGGCCGGCAGGCCGACGGGGGGAUCAGCUCGCUCGGGGCGCUGCCGCGGAUCGUGGAGGCUGUUGAUGCGGUUAACGACGGUUCUAGCAAGGGCGGGGGAGAGGGAGAGGGUGCUGAGGAGAAGAAGACGCGCAGGAAGGUGGAAGUCCUCUUCGACUCGGGAAUCCGGAGCGGCGCGGAUAUCGCGAAGGCGCUCGCGCUCGGGGCCAAGAUGUGUCUUAUUGGUAGACCGUACGUGUACGGGCUCGCGCUAGGCGGCGAGGAGGGCGUCGCGCAUGUGCUGAGGAGUUUGCUGGGGGAUUUGGAGCUCACGCUGCAUCUUUCGGGGAUUAGGAGUGUGGGGGAGGAGGAUCUGAAUAGGGGGUGUCUUGUUAGGGAAGACGAGCUGUUUUAGGGUGGUUUGGCUGGAGUGGUUAGGAUAUCAGGUAUCUACAGGUAUGUUUACGGAUGAUUCUAGGAAAGCUAUAUGUUGUGAUAUAGCUUAAGAUAAUAAUCUCGUGGAAAUUUGUCUUAUUAGUCUAAGCAUCCAGAAUAUUCGUCAUCUGAAUAGAGACCACGAGGGCGACGUCAUGUUGGACCGUUCAAUUCAUCUCAGUAGAAACGUAAGGUCCCUGGACACCAUAGCCCUGGCUAAGGGGGUGAUAUCCGUGGAGAAUGGGCUCCCAUAAGUCGAGCC